AUGGGAGCAUUUGGUAAUAGUGCAUAUGGAGCCCGUGGGCGGUUGGUCAAGUUCUCAUACAUCGUUACAGCGCUUAUUUCAAUUCUCUUCUCCAUAAGCUGUAUAUGUUAUGGCAUUUGGCUCCUGGCUCGACGUUCCCAAUAUGCUGAACUUGUAUCCCCAUCGCUUUAUGUAGACGUGGGACGAAUUCUUGUCAUUAUCAGUAUCCUUUCAAUUGCUAACUAUCUGAUAUGUUUUUAUGCAAUUUUCAAGGAAAUGAGGUGUAUUGUCACAUCGUGUGCAGUUGCUUCAAUUGUUAUCGCUGUAAUGCUGAUCAUUGGUGGUUUGAUCGGAUUGAAUUUCCGCGAUCAAUUGACCCAUUAUACUCCGCUAAACCUGAAAAUGCUAACGUCUCUCAGAGAACUUUAUGGAACACACGACAUGAAAGGAAUCACAGAGUCUUGGGAUGCUCUUCAAUCCAAUUUCAAAUGCUGCGGUGUCAAUGGUACUGAUGACGCCCAAAUUUGGAAGACAUCAAAGUGGUACAUGCAUCAAAAGGCUCCAAAAAGUCUUAUUCCCGAGUCUUGCUGCAUCCCAUCCGAAAUCGAUCGGUGUCGUUCUAAUCCGUUCGACAGCGGAUCACCAGCUCCGUAUUACACGAAUACAUGCUACGAACCUCUUCAAAAUGAUUUACUUCAUGUUAUGAACGUGGCUUCAUGGCUAUGCAUUACAAAUGCUAUUGUACAGAUUAUUCCAUCAGUGGCCAGCUGCUGGUACUCAAAACUUAUCCGAAAAUAA